UUCACUGCGUUUUACUUAACCUUGUGCAGCUUUUUUGGCCGUUUCGGCUCGAUUUUUCUGCACUUUGAGCCAUGUCCGGGCGCGGAAAGCAGGGCGGGAAGGCGCGCGCCAAGGCCAAGUCGCGCUCGUCGCGGGCCGGGCUGCAGUUCCCCGUGGGCCGCGUGCACCGGCUGCUGCGCAAGGGCAACUACGCGGAGCGCGUGGGCGCCGGCGCCCCGGUGUACCUGGCGGCCGUGCUGGAGUACCUGACGGCCGAGAUCCUGGAGCUGGCGGGCAACGCGGCCCGCGACAACAAGAAGACGCGCAUCAUCCCCCGCCACCUGCAGCUCGCCAUCCGCAACGACGAGGAGCUCAACAAGCUGCUGGGCAAGGUGACGAUCGCGCAGGGCGGCGUGCUGCCCAACAUCCAGGCCGUGCUGCUGCCCAAGAAGACCGACAGCCACAAGGCUAAAGCCAAGUAAAACUCUUCUGACAAACAACCCAAAGGCUCUUUUCAGAGCCACCCACAUCUUCCUAGAAAGAGCAGGAACGCUUGGUCCUAUUGAUACAUGCUGUGUAAAUAUACUUGGAAGCUUGAAUUCUGUUGGGGGUGUGUCUAAAAUGUUACAUAUAUUCUGUCUUGCUGAUCUGAAGCUUCCUGCCUUAUUUUUUUUUCCUAGAAGAUAAAGUUCUUACCUAAAUGUGCGUCAGUUCUCCUGUUCUGAAAAGAGAUCAAUAAAGGAUAGCGGUUGUGGCUGAUAAAAUCGGUCACCGCGGUAUGGUUUGAGAAGUGAGCUCAGCAAGGGUGAGCUCGGUGGAUGCCGAGGGGGUGCGCUCCGCUCCCCCGAGGUCGGGAGGACGGGGCGGGUUCGGGCCCCGCCAAUCCUGCUGCAGCGCGCGGCUUUCGAACCGCGGGGCACCCGGGCCCCAACUCCGCCUGCGAGCCGCCUGUGCUGCGGGGACAGCUCAUUCCAGGGCCUUGGGGGCUGUGGUGGCUGCGGUUUUCUGCUUUCCCUGGAUCUCUUUUCUUAUCUGCAAUUUAAAACUUUCAGGCAACAGUAAGAAAACUUAAGUACUUGCCUGGGAUGCCGUCCAGCAGGGUUUCCGAAAGGUAGUUUUAGGAAUUCUCAAUUAAGUGCUGGGUGAUGGCAGUUGCAGAAUUGAUUCGUGUACAAGCACUACAGAAAGUCACACAUACACGGGGAAGGGAGUCAGGAUGUACUAUUCUGGACUUGGAACAGAUGUUCCAAUUAUUUUUCCUUCAUCCUGACAGCAAGAAUGGUGUUUAAAAGUGGUCUUGGCGUUUUUCUCUAUAAGUUUCCUUGAUUUAUACAGUAUGAUCUUCCGGGUACUGUUGCCUUUGGCUUCCGUAGCACUUUUUUGAUUUGGUAGCCUUGGUUGCCUGUUUUGGGGCCCUCGGUCGCUAGGACAGCUGGGCCUGCUGGGCUGGGGGAGCCCUGACACCCCGAGAAGGGGCACACGGCCUUGGCGAUGUGCAGUGGGGGUGUCUGAGGCCGCCAGCACAGCAUCCCUGUUCCUGGGGUGCCAGGGGCCCGUGAAUCACGAUAACCCGCGGGGGAUCGGGAUUUACAGGGAGGAGCUUCCCCGCCAUUGGCGCCCGGCUGCGGGGACACGGCGGCAGCUCCUCUCUCCUCUCUGCCCUCCGAACAGGUUAAUUCGGGAUUUUUGCCUUUUUUUGCUCACUGCGAAGAACACCGCGUUCCCCGCUUUGUUAGAAUGGAUGUAGAUAAAUGGCGUUUGAGUUUG